AUGUCUUUAAUGGAUAUUUUGGAGAAAGCUCAAGCACUUGGCUUGAGUGCAGACGUAGUUCAUGAUUUACUAGAAAAGCAACAUCAGAUAGAUAAGGAUAAGGCGGAUAGAAUGGAGCGGUCAGCCGAACGCGAGGCGAGACGACUAGAAUUAGAGUAUCACGAGGCAGAGAGGCGACGAGCGCACGAACUCGAGAUUGCUAAAAUUAAGCAUAGUAGUUCGAACGAGUUUGACAGUAAUUCUAGCAGGUCAAAUUCGCAUAUGUUCGAGGGUCUUAGACUGCCUACUUUUGCCGACGGCCAAGAUGAUUUGGAUAGUUAUCUACAGCGGUUCGAACGUUUAGCAGAAUUGCAUGGGUGGAAGCAUGAGGACUACCAUGUGUACCUAGGUACAUCAUUGCGCGGUCAAGCACUUAAGGUGUAUAUUUCUUUGCCUGAUGAAACGCUACGAAAUUAUGAGCGCUUAAAGGAAACCCUCCUUAGAGCAUUUGCUGUUGAUGCAGAUUCAUAUAGAAGAAAAUUCAAAGAAAGUAAAUGUAAAGAUAAUGAAUCAUAUGUACAAUUAGUAGUUAAGAUGGAGCAGUAUCUCGAUCGGUGGCUAUCCAUGAGUAAAGUUGAGAAAGAUUAUGCUCGCCUGUUUGAUUUCCUUGUCAGGGAACAGUUACUGACAAAUUGCAGUUCUGAUUUACGGGUGUUCUUGAAAGAAAGGGGGUGUGAAAGCGCAACAGAGAUGGCGGAAGCAGCAGAUAGAUAUCGUAGUGCUCACGCAUAUCGCGGAAGCAAGCCUUCAAGGUCAAUGCAAAAACAGAGUUCACCAAAUGUUGAUGACAUUAAAUGCCAUGGAUGUGGAAAGCCUGGUCAUAUCCGUCCGAACUGCCCUAAUAACCCUAGAAACUUUAAACAAAAGACAGAGGGUAAAGUUAAUUUUGUCUUUCAGUCUGAGAUGAAACCACAAAAUAGUAUAAUUGAUGCAGAAGGCAAAUUGUUUGAAAAACCAGCGGAGGUUAUGUUUGACACGGGGUGUUCGACUGUAAUUGUUAAUGACAAAUUAGUGCCAGCAAGAUUUAGAUUAGGGCCUAUGGUUAAGGUCUAUGAUUAUCUUGGGGUUCCAAAUUCAUUCCCCAAAGUCAGAUGUUUUAUUCGAAGUAAAUUUUUUUCAGGGUGGAUUAGUGCCAUUGCAGCUCCCCUUAAAUUUGCAGAUGUGCUUAUCGGACUAGUUCCUGGUGUAAAAUUGCCUGGUAAGUGCGCCACUACCUCGCUCGAGCACGAACAGAGCAAAGAGGCAGGUGAUGAUGCUUCACAAGCUCUUACAAAGGUAAGCGAUGUUUCCGUGGGGAAUGACUACAAAAUCGCUGAUAAAGAGGAUGUUAAUGGGUCUCCUGACGUCAUUGCUAUGAGUGUCCAGACUCGCUCAUCGGUAUCAAAAGCGGCUAAGACUACCUCAUUAGCUUGUUCAGAAUUCUUAGACCUAAAUAUAAAUAAAGUUAAUAUCAUGGAGGAACAGCUAAAUUGUCCAACACUUCAAUCUAUCAGGGAAAAUGUUAAAAGCGGAAAACAUGUGAGAGUAAAAUCGCGCACAGUAAAAUUUGAAAUAAUAAAUGGACUAAUUUACAGGGUAUGUCUUGAGAGCAAAUAUGAUUAUGAAAUUGGAAGUAAGCAACUUGUUAUUCCUGAUAAGUAUAGGAUUCACGUUCUAAAUCUGGCUCAUGAUUCAUUGACUGCCGGACAUUUCUCUCAUCGGAAGACGAGUCUUAAGGUGUUUUCUAAAUUCUUUUGGCCUGGUGCUGGCGCUCAUAUUAAGAGAUAUUGCAGAUCAUGCCCGAUCUGUCAGAAGUUUUCAGCCAAGGGAACUGUACGUAAAGUACCAAUGAAGAAUCUCCCCAUUAUUUCCGAACCAUUUUCGCGUGUUGCUAUAGAUUUAGUAGGACCUUUUUCACCUAGUUCAGAUAGAGGAAACAAGUAUGUGCUUACUUUGAUCGACUACGCGACACGAUAUCCCGAAGCUGUACCUCUGAAAAACAUUGAUACCAUAACCGUUGCGGAAAGCUUGGUAGAAAUAUUUUCGAGAGUUGGUGUCCCGCGAGAGAUCUUAUCUGAUCGCGGUUCUCAAUUCAAAUCUGAUCUCAUGAGUGAAAUUCACAGAAUGUUAUCUGUUAAAGCUUUAUAUACUAGUCCCUAUCAUGCUUCAUGUAAUGGUGCUGUAGAAAGGCUGAACGGUGUCUUAAAAUCAAUGAUAAAGAAACUUUGCGUAGAUCACCCGAAGCUUGGAUCGCUAUAUACCUGCUGCCCUAUUGCUUACAAAAAAUUCCGAACGACAGUCUUAAGUUUUCUCCAUUUGAGUUAUUGUACUUCCGCCGGGGACGGCGGCAAAAGCAAAAGCAAAAGUGAAAUUGCUCAGGUAUGCGUAGUUGAAGAAGAGAACCAAAGCCUAAAUGACGUAAGUGACUUAGAUGCUGAGCCCAUGCCUAAUACCGAGAGGCUCUCGGAAGAUUUGUGA